AUGGGUGCUGGAAAAGCUGGUAGUCAAAGGCUCCGAAGAACGUUUUCCCUUGGGAUCACGCCGUUAGCCGAGAAUAAUCCAGCAGACGAAUAUCUCUACGAGAUAUUAGUUUGCACAGGAAUGCGAAAAUCAGCAGGGACUAAAUCGACGGUAUGUAUGCAACUGAAUGGAACCAAAGAUGGUACUCUCCCUUGCACACUUCGUGAUCCUCACCGCCAAGUUCUAUCUCGAGGAAAUGUCGACCGAUUCCUUCUGGCAACCCGAAAACCACUUGGUGACCUACGUUUCCUCCGACUGUGGCAUGACAACCGCGGGAGAGGGGAUAGUGCAUCAUGGUACUGCGAUUUCGUCUGCGUCAUCGAUCUGCAGACAAAAACUCGCUUCAACUUCAUUGUUGAAAAGUGGUUUGGUGUAGAUGAAGGCGAUGGUCUGGUUGACCGCGUAAUUCCAGUCGCAGGACCAAUUGAUAGACUUCGAGUCUAUUAUAUAUUCUCGCACAAGGUGAAGAGUGAUGCAAGCGAUAACCACCUCUGGGCUUCGAUUUUCACACGUCCUGCUCACUCCCGAUUCACUCGUGUUGAAAGAGUCGCCUGCUGUCUUUUAAUUCUUUUCUUAACCAUGGUCUCAUCUUGCAUGUUUUACAGAAAUGAAGGGCCGGAAGUUGUUGAUUUCGAAUUCACGAUUGGGCCGUUUGCCAUUACACCCUAUGUGGCCUAUACGGGAGCUGUAACGUAUCUCAUAACCUUUGUUCCUGUCACACUGAUCAUGCUACUCUUCAGGAACUCCAAGCUUCGGGUCAGUCAUAUAACUCUGCUAAGGGGUGUUGUGGAAGAUCAUCUGGAUGAAGAAUUGGAAGAUGACGAUUAUGAGAAUACUAUAAGGGAGAAUAGACCACAACUACACCACUCUGCCCACAUUAACCAACAUCGACAGUCCUAUUCAGAAACACCAGAGGUGUUUGAGAAGGAAACAGAGGAAAAGAGCAAGGAAUCAUUGAAGAGCAAGCUUGGAGACAUUUCUUUUCCCUGGCAAAUGCGCAUUCUCGCUUGGUUCCUCCUUAUUGGAGCUAUUGCAGCGUCGGUUGUCUUCACCACUUUCUACGGAAUCAGUUUUGGUGAUGCUGCCUGCAAACAGUGGCUAUCUUCUCUCUUCGUUUCCUUCUUUAUGGACCUUUGCCUGACACAACCUAUUAAAGUCAUACUCUUCGCAAUAUUCUUCGCUGUGAUCUGUAGGUCGAAAGCAGGCACUUCAGACAUUGUAGAAUUUGCAGAGGAAGAUGAAUCACUGAUGGACAAACUGGGACGUCGAUACCGACUUAAUUAUGGGGAGGAGUAUCGACAUGAGGAAAUUCUUCGAGGGAGGAUUGAAACCUACCUAAUUAGACCUCCGGAUCCAGAAACCUUGGAAAGAGCUCGAAUUCAUCGUCAGAAAACGCGCCAAAUGUUCGAUAUGCUUCGCGAAUUACUUUUCUUCGUCGUCUUCUUUACCCUCCUCGUUAUUGUCUCAAAUGGUUUCCGUGAUCCCAUGGCAAUGAGAUUAAGGGAAAGCCUCACUUCUAUCUUCUUCAAUGGUGACGAUUUCAUUAAUUCCAUUGAUGGCAUUUGGAAUUGGCUAGAGAAGGUCCUGCUGCCGAAUCUAAGAGCUGGCAAGUGGUAUAAUGGUAUGCCACCAAUAGGACAACGUAGUUUAAUUGGUGACCGUAUGAAUCGAAUUAUGGGAUAUGCCACAAUGCGCCAAGUUCGAGUUCGUGAAGAAACCUGCAAAGUCGUCGAGGAAAUGCGAACCCUAUUUAACGACUGCUGUAGUCAAUAUCACGUUUGGGAUCAGGAUGAAUCUGAUUAUCUUCCUGGAUGGAUCCCAACAACAUUGGAUCAUCACAGACUUCAACUUGAAUAUCGUUACACAAAAGCCGAGGAAAGGGAUGGCUUUCUAGUUCAAGGUGGAUUGGGUAUCUAUUCUGGUGGUGGUUAUGUCCACGAACUUCGUGGAAGUAUAUCACAGCUCCUUGAAGAAGCCGCGAAACUUCGUGAACAGGGAUGGAUAGACCACCGAACAAGAGCAGUUAUCAUUGAACUUGCCACAUAUAAUCCCGGAAGUCACCUUUUUGGCAUCACCGUGAUAAAAUUCGAAGUUCCUGGUACUGGUGGUGUCAUUCCAUCUUUCAGAAUAGAACCUGCUAAU